AUGAAGAUGUUAACUAAGUUCGAAUCAAAGUCUACCAGGGCGAAAGGUAUUGCUUUUCAUCCGUCUAGGCCUUGGGUUCUGGUAGCACUUUUCUCAUCAACCAUCCAAUUAUGGGAUUACCGUAUGGGUGUUUUGCUUCACCGUUUUGAAGAUCAUGAGGGUCCGGUACGUGGCAUUGAUUUCCAUCCAACGCAACCUCUUUUCGUUUCUGCAGGUGAUGAUUAUACUAUCAAAGUAUGGUCUUUAGAGAGCAACAAGUGUCUAUUCACAUUGGACGGCCAUUUAGACUAUGUUCGUACAGUAUUCUUCCAUCACGAAUUGCCAUGGAUUAUUUCCAGUUCCGACGAUCAAACCAUCAGAAUCUGGAACUGGCAGAACAGAAAGGAAAUAGCAUGUUUAACUGGCCAUAACCACUUCGUAAUGUGUGCCCAAUUCCAUCCAGUCGAAGAUUUGGUGGUUUCUGCUUCUUUGGAUGAAACCGUUAGAGUUUGGGAUAUUUCAGGGCUAAGAAAAAGACAUUCCGCACCAGGCACUCAAUCAUUCGAAGAACAAAUGAGACAGCAACAGAACUUACUUGACGGAGGAUUUGGAGAUUGUGUGGUGAAGUUCAUUUUAGAAGGCCACACUAGAGGAGUAAAUUGGGCUUCUUUCCAUCCAACUUUACCAUUGAUCGUUUCCGGUUCUGAUGAUCGUCAAGUGAAAUUGUGGAGAAUGAGUGCCACAAAGGCAUGGGAGGUCGAUACUUGUAGAGGUCAUACCAACAACGUUGAUUCCGUCAUUUUCCAUCCUCAACAGAAUCUCAUUAUAUCAGUUGGUGAGGAUAAAACCGUAAGAGUAUGGGACUUGGACAAGCGUACUCCAAUUAAACAGUUCAAAAGAGAAAAUGACAGAUUCUGGUUAGUGAGAGCUCACCCAAACCUAAAUCUGUUCGGUGCUGCUCAUGAUUCUGGUAUUAUGAUCUUUAAGUUGGACCGUGAAAGACCACCAACUGCUAUAAACCAAAAUCAGUUGUUCUUUAUCAACAGGGAGAAACAAGUCCAAAUGUUUGAUUACCACAAGAGAAUCACUUCUCUACCUUAUCUUUCUUUGAAAAACAUCGGCAAGACCUGGAGUUCAUUUAGAAGUAUGUCUUAUAACCCAUCCCAACAUUCCGUCCUUGUCAACUCCUCCGAAAAGGAAGCCAACAGGUUCAGCUUAUGUGUCUUACCUAAACAACCUAGUGGAGCUGUUGAAGCUAGCAACGUCAUCUCUGAUGAUGGUAGUUUUGCGAUCUUCGUUGCUCGUAACAGAUUUGUGGUGCACAAUGGCAGCACUAAUAGCUUGGAGGUUCGUAGUUUAGAUAACAAAACCACAAAGUCAAUCAAAUUAACUGAUACUGUUAAAGACAUCACAUUAGCUGCUCCUGGUACUGUUUUGAUUCUAUAUUCUCAUUCUGUGGUAAUGAUGGACGUCCAACAAGGUAAAAUUCUUCAUGAAUUAUCUUUAAAGAACAUCAAGUAUACAGUGUGGUCUCAAGAUGGCCAAUAUGUUGCAUUGAUGAGUAAGCAUACAUUGACAAUCGCAAACAGAAAACUGGAAAUCGUUACAUCAAACCAUGAAAGUAUUAGAAUCAAGAGUGCAAGUUGGGAUGAAACCGGUGUCCUAAUUUAUUCAACAUUGAACCAUAUCAAAUACUGUCUAUUGAAUGGUGAUUCUGGUAUCAUUAAAACCUUAGAAAGAACAUUAUACAUCAACAAGGUACAUGGCAAAUUUGUCUAUGCUUUGAAUCGUGAAGGGGAAGUAGAGAUUUUGACAAUUGAUCCUACUGAAUAUCGUUUCAAGAAGACUUUAGUCAACAAAAAUUUCCCUGAGGUAUUGCGUAUCAUUAAAAAUUCAAAUUUAGUUGGUCAAAACAUCAUAUCUUAUCUUCAAAAAUCAGGCUAUCCUGAAAUUGCGUUACAAUUCGUGGAGGAUCCUCAAACAAGAUUUGAUUUGGCUACACAAUACGGUAAUUUGACAGUUGCUCUUGAAGAAGCUGAGAAAUUGAACAAUGAACUUGUAUGGGAAAGAUUGGGCAAAGAAGCUUUGAUCCAAGGUAACACAGAUAUCGCUGAAUUGGUAUAUCAAAACACUAAGCAGUUUGAUAAACUGUCUUUCCUAUAUCUACUUAAGGGAGACAACUCCAAACUGGCAAAAAUGGAGUCUAUUGCUGAACAUAGAUCAGAUAUUUCCGGCUUGAUUCAAAAUACCUUUUACAAUAACUCAGUUCAGAAGCGUGCAAAUGUCUUUUUAAAUGCAGGCUCUGCUCCUUUGGCUUAUGCAGUGGCAAAAGCUAACGGCGACGAUGACCUUGCCACUUCCAUUUUGGAAUCCGAAGAAAUUGAUGAGCAAGACAUUUCCCUACCAACUGAACUCAACUCCUCCACAAAUGUAAAAACCCCUGUCAUUUCUGCUCCUUUGAAAAACUGGCCGUUAAAGCAAGCUGAAGUCUCAUUCUUUGAAAAAGCCCUUUUGGGCCAAAUCGAAGAUCUUGAAAUUUCUGAUGAUAAGGAAGAAAAUGUUUCAGAUACUACCCAAAAUGUUGGCCAGUUUGAUUUAGGAGAACAAGAUAACCUAGACUUUGAUGAUGAAGCUGUUGGAGAGGAAGAAGAUGCUUGGGACCUAGACCAAAAUGAUUUGGAAUUAGACGACGAGUUAGAGAUCGAAGAAUCCGAAGUGACUGAAGAACAAGUAGAUGAAUCAGAAUUGCCAAUGUGGGUUAAAAAUUCAAAGCUUCCAGCAGUUCUAGUAGCCGCUGGAGCCUUUGAUGCUGCUGCCCAAGCCUUGAAUAAGCAGGUAGCCGUUGUAAACUUCGAACCCCUCAGGACACCAUUCAUUGAUAUAUACGAUGGUGCAAGAACUUAUAUGAGUGCUACACCAAAUGAAUUACCUUCAAUUAUUGGAUACAUCCGAGCUGAUGCCGAUGAGGAGGACAAAUCUAAAAUACUACCAUUUGUUCCUGGCGUUUCUGUAGUCACCACGAAGUUGAACGAGGGAUUCAAAGCAUUUAAGGCUAACAAAUUGGAAGUUGCUAUCGAGCACUUCCGAGACGUUAUCUAUGCCAUAGCUUUGUUAGCAGUUACUGACAAAGAAGAUGAAACAACAGCACAAACUGCACUUGCAACUGCUCGUGAAUACAUCUUAGGUCUUUCUAUGGAGCUAGAACGUCGUGCUCUACCUGCCAAUGACGUUAAGCGUAACCUGGAAUUGGCAGCAUACUUCAGCAGGACAAAACUUCUACCUGUGCAUAGAAGUAAUGCUUUGAAUGUUGCUAUGACCCAAUCAUUCAAAAACAAGAACUUUGUAUUAGCAUCCUAUUUCGCAGGCGAAUUCCUCAAGAUUAUUACAUCAGGUGCCCGUGCUGACCAAGCUCAGAAAAUCAAAGCAAAGGCUGAUUCGAUGGCAUAUGAUGCCAUCGAGAUUGAUUUCGAUCCUUAUGCUGAAUUUGAUAUCUGUGCAGCUUCACAUACCCCAAUUUACAAAGGAUCGCCAUCUGUAGCAGAUCCUUUAACUGGGGCGAACUAUCACGUUUCUGAGAAGGGAAAGAUUGAUCGCAUUGCUUUAAUAUCCAAGAUCGGUGCCCCAGCUUCAGGAUUGCGGAUCCAACUUUCUGUAAACUAA